UUCGCUGAGAAAAAUUUAGAAAAAAAUUAUUGAAAUAAAGAUAGAAAUGAAUCAGUUAUUAGCUGCUAUUCUUCCUGCCUCCGUUGCUUCACCCAUUGUUAUUCCUCCCAAAUCUCUACUUUCGAUUUCCCUUGGUUGAUCUUCCCUUCGUACCUCUUUCAAUUCCAUAUGUAAAGCUUCCAUUUAGAAAUCCUCCGCCGCUUUUCGUCUAUGAUUGGCGUUGUUUGAGUGAGGAUCAGCGGCUCGUGGGUUAUAGCAAAUAGCUGCCACAGCCACAAGCAGCAGGGGGCGGUGGUAGUGAUGGUGGUGAUUCUUCUAGGACAUGGUGGGGGAGGAGAAGGAGCUGCGUUGAUGAAGGGAGCCUGAUGAUUUUAACAUUGUUUGGAAGAUAAUGCUGUAUUUGAAGCAGCCUACAGUCAAGGAUAUGAGUUUAUAUUUGGGUUGUGAGCAUUAUGGCUCCAAUUAGGUGAUUCUGAAUUUUGUAAUUGCUUAGCUUUGCAUGCCGUUUUGAUAUUUUCCCUGAGCCAGGGGCUCGGGGAUCUGAGUUUUGAAAGAAAAAAGGAAAAAAAAAAAAAAAGUUAUGGGGUCGUCAGAGAACGAGCCUUCUCACUCUCUGUCUGUGGGAGACGAACCCUGUCCUCCAGCACAUGCCUGUAUGCAGAAAUUUAGGCUCUAUGAGACUCGAUCGAACUUUUACAUGAUAGGAAGGGACAAGAGCAGGACAUAUUGGAGAGUGCUGAAGAUUGACCGUCUAGAGCCUUGUGAGCUAAACCUGUGUGAAGAUUCUACAACAUAUACAGAAGAGCAAUGUUCUGACUUGUUGAGGCGGAUACAUGAAGGGAACAAGUCCACAGGUGGACUGAAAUUUGUUACAACUUGUUAUGGAAUUGUUGGGUUCAUCAAGUUUUUAGGACCAUACUACAUGCUGCUUAUCAAAAGAAGGCAAAUUGGUGCAAUCUGUGGUCACACAGUAUAUGCCAUAUCAAAGAGUAGGAUGAUACCGCUCCCAAAUUCUUCAGUUCAAUCUAGCAUUGCCGAUUCUAAAAAUGAAAACAGAUACAAGAAGCUCCUAUGCAUGGUCGAUCUUACGAAGGACUUCUUUUUCAGCUACUCAUACCACAUUAUGCGUAGUCUUCAAAACAACUUAUGUCAUAAUGAGACAGGUCAUGUACUUUAUGAGACCAUGUUUGUUUGGAAUGAGUUCUUGACCAGGGGAAUCAGGAACCAUCUCCAAAAUACUCUUUGGACAGUUGCAUUAGUGUACGGCUUCUUCAAACAGGGCACGUUUACAGUAGCUGGACGGGAGUUCAUACUCACCCUCAUUUCAAGACGUUCACGCCAUUAUGCUGGCACAAGGUAUUUGAGGCGAGGUGUUAAUGAGAAGGGCAGAGUAGCUAAUGAUGUUGAGACAGAACAAAUUGUGUUUGAGGAUGUUCCUGAAGGUCUUCCUGCCCAAAUAACUUCUGUUGUCCAGAACCGUGGUUCAAUCCCUCUUUUCUGGUCGCAGGAGACUUCACGCUUAAAUCUUAAACCUGAUAUUAUAUUGUCAAAGAAAGAUCAGAAUUACCAAGCCACUAGGCUGCACUUUGAAAAUCUUGUCAAGAGAUAUGGGAAUCCCAUAAUAAUUUUGAACUUAAUAAAGACCCAUGAAAAGAAGCCUCGUGAGUCCAUACUCCGUUCAGAGUUUGCUAAUGCGAUUGAUUUCAUCAACAAAGAUUUAUCUGAGGAGAACCGGCUUAGAUUCCUUCACUGGGACCUGCACAAACACUUUCAGAGCAAAUCUGCAAAUGUCCUGCUACUUCUGGGCAAAGUGGCUGCAUAUGCAUUGACAUUAACAGGUUUUCUUUAUUGCCAAGUGACACCUACGUUGGUACCUGAGGAAUCUUUAAGAUGCCCAUCUGUAGACAAAAUUGAUAUGGGAAGCUCUUCACCAAGACUUCUUGACAAUUAUAAUGAGGAUGCUGGUAAUUUAGAGAGAAAACCUAGUGAAGAAAAUAAUGUUGCUAACGGAAAUCAUUCUAUCAAAGCCCCCAUGUUUCAGAGGGGGGUGCUGAGAACCAAUUGCAUAGACUGCUUAGACCGCACAAAUGUUGCACAAUAUGCAUAUGGGUUGGCUGCUCUCGGCCACCAACUCCAUGCUCUGGGAAUUAUUGACAACCCAAAAAUUGACCUUAAUGACCCGGUAGCUGAUGAUUUGAUGGCGUUUUAUGAGCGUAUGGGUGACACACUUGCACAUCAGUAUGGUGGUUCUGCAGCGCACAACAAGAUAUUCUCCGAGAGGAGGGGCCAGUGGAGAGCUGCAACACAAUCUCAAGAGUUUUUUAGGACUCUUCAACGCUAUUACAGCAAUGCAUACAUGGAUUCUGAGAAGCAAGAUGCAAUCAAUGUAUUCCUGGGACACUUUCAGCCGCAACAGGGUAAGCCUGCUCUGUGGGAGUUAGAUUCAGAUCAGCACUAUGAUGCUGGGAAACAAGGAGAUGAAGAUGGAAGGUUAUUUUUCAAGAGAUCCUUGUCAGAUGGGAGCAUUCUUCGUGGCAGUUCUACAUCUAUGUCAACUCCAGCUUCCAAGCAGGAAAAUUUCUCUAGACCAAUUUUGCCUGACGGAUCAGAAGGAAGCAAGGCUCAUUCUGAGUCUUCUCCUGAAAUAACUUCUGAGAGUGACAUAGCCUUUUCAAGGUAUACUCCUUCAAUGCCUCAGAGGCAGUUUUUUGGAGGCAUGCAAAAAGAGCGCUGCCUUGAAAGUGAGCAUAUUUACUAUUCUGAGCAUGGGGAUUCCUUGAGUUGCUCCAACUUUGUUGACCUGGAUUGGCUAUCUUCUUCAGGAAAUUCGUGCGAGGAAGAUCUGUAUGAGAGAUCUUCGAUUACCAACUCCCCAGUAGCUGGGCGUUCGUCAGAAAAUGUCAAUGGAAUGAUGGGAGAAGCAACUCCAUCCUCCAGUGAAUAUGGUUCCAACAUGAAGGGAAGGGAGCACGCUCGAGAGUUAUCCUAUGGUAAUUCACGGUCCAAUGGUGUUGAGGAAUUUCCAGAUAGUUUUGUACAGUGGGUGACUUAUGGACAGACCCUUUGCCAUUGAAUUUUUUGGCACGAUGAUCAUUUGCACUAAUAUAUAAUCUACACCUAGUUGACUUGGGUUUGAUCAGAAGAGGCUACUAAGUAGAAAAUAGAGACACUUUAUGGUGAGGGAGCGGUUAUCGCCUAAGCAAGGAAAGAAAAACAGAGGCAUUCGUGGGCUUCUCUGUGACUGUAAGAUGCUGGUCCAAGAAGAAAUCCUCCAGGCUCAUAGUCCAUUGACUUGCCGCAUUAACUCUAUUUGUGAAAAUCUCAAUUUAAAUAUGAAAACAUGGUAGAGCAGAGUAAAUAGCAAGGGGUUGUAAAAAUUCUCUCCUUUUUUUCUUUGCUGGAGGUCAUUGUUUGCACUUUUGUAAAUAUAAAUCAUGCCCGUUGGAGCUCUUACUUUUUAGAUUUGCAGAUGAUUCUUUUAAAUAAUAUUACUUUUUGUAGCUGCUC